UGUCUUUGCUUCUUUUCAUUCUCUCUAUUUCUCAAAUCUCUCUUUCGUUCACAAGUCACACAAAUCCACCUUUGAUUGUUUUUCUUCGACCAACGCACGAAUGCACAAACACAAACACACACUUAUGUUGUGAAAGCUUUGUUCAUCACCUAUAGCUUCUUCUGAUUUUCGCUCCAAAAACCCAUUUUUCAAUCUCUCACUCUCCUCUUACAGAUCGCUGUAUCUCUCUCCGACACACACGAAAAAAAAAGCUUCUGAUUUUCUGGGGCAGGAUUGAAGAUGUGGACUUGUUGAACUGAAUUGUUAACAGUUAUAUUAUAAUUGGUAAAUGGGGACUCAAACGAUGGGAUCUCAAGGUGGUGAUAAAGACAGUAAUGGAAAACAGUCACAAGUCCAGCCCCUGGUGCGGCAAAACUCAAUGUACAGUCUCACACUGGAUGAGGUUCAGAAUCAAUUGGGUGAUCUAGGGAAGCCGCUUACUAGUAUGAACCUUGAUGAGCUUCUGAAAAAUGUGUGGACUGUUGAGGCGGGCCAGACAGCUGGUAUGGACAAUGAAAGCGCGGCACAAGCUGGUCAAGCUGCUCUGCAGCGUCAGGCUAGUCUGUCACUGACUGGUGCACUGAGCAAGAAGACGGUGGACGAGGUUUGGAGAGAUAUUCAACAAAACAAAGCCAUUGAGGAGAAGAGGUUCCGUGACGAAAAACAGCCUACUUUGGGAGAAAUGACAUUGGAGGACUUCUUGGUGAAAGCAGGAGUUGUUACAGAAACAUCUUCUAACCCAAAGAAUGCUGGUACUGUAUCCACACCGGUACCAGUACCAGUGCCAGUACCAGUGCCAGUACCGAUGGAUUCAAACGUGGCAGUAGCACCACAGUUUCCUUCACAAGGACAGUGGAUACAAUAUCCACCAGUGCAAUAUCAGCAUCCACAGCAAAGUUUGAUGCAGAUUUAUAUGCCUGGUCAGGGUAUGGCACAACCAAUACACAUGGGGCCUGGAGCUUCAUUGGAUGUUUCGUUUGCAGAUGGCCAGGUUGCAAUGCCGUCUCCUAUGAUGGCAACAAUGUCGGAUUCACAUACUCCUGGAAGAAAAAGGACCACUCCUGAGGACAUGAUGGAGAAAACUGUUGAGAGGAGACAGAAAAGGAUGAUAAAAAAUCGUGAAUCUGCUGCUCGUUCAAGAGCAAGGAAACAGGUGCUCUUUCAUGUUAUGCAUACACAAAUGAAUUGGAGAAUAAAGUCUCCCGUCUAGAAGAGGAAAAUGAAAUGCUGAGGAAACGACAGGAGAUAGAGAAGAUGUUGCCAAGUACACCACCUCCUGAGCCUAAGUAUCAACUUCGCCGAAUAGGAUCAGCUCCUUUCUGAGAUCUGUACCUAGUUGUAGAGGUUUUGUAAAUAUGAGUACCAGUGAAUUCUCCUUAUGGAUUACUGUGAGGUUGACUCUGGUAUGUCAGUUCAGUAGUUUGUUAAACAUUUGCAUCCAAUGUCUUGUCUUUAAUUAUUAUUAGGUUCUUUAUAACUCUCAAUGUUCUUUAAGAAAAAAAAAAUUAGAGAAAUGUUGCAGUUGUGCUGUUUUCAAUAUAACCAUAAUCAUGGCUUCAUGAGUUUACUUUGUCA